CUCUCUUUUUCGUGUAUAGUUGAUUAUUAAACGGGCCUACCCACUUCACACUUAUUUGGUCUACAUUUAUAGUGUACUUUCUUGACUAUUUCCCAACAAACUUCCUACUUGUACAACUUUCAGUUCAGGUUAAGCUGUAGAUCGCUGGAGCAACUGGAAAAUCUGUUAGCUUGGAAGUUAUUGUUCUUUGCCUGAGCUACUAUAGUCGGGUGCCUUCUUCUUAAUUUGGCUUGAGAAUGGCAAAUCCUGGAAAGAAGGUGUUGCUCACUUCCAAUGGUGAUGAGAUUUGCAAUAACAUUGCUUACCAUUUAGCUCAGAGGGGUUGCCAAUUGGUUUUGAUGGGAAAUGAGAGCCGACUGAAGAGUGUAGCGGAGAAGAUAAAACAAUCUCUAGAGGGCAGCGUUGCAGUGGAAGUUGUGGGAUUGGAUAUGACGGAGGAUAGAGAAACUGCUUUUGAUGAAGCUGUGGACAAGGCAUGGAAGAUAUUUGGAAAGUUGGAUGCUUUGGUACACUGCUAUUCUUAUGAAGGGAAAAUGCAAGAUCCGCUGCAGCUAAUUGAAGACGAGCUCAAAAAGAUUGUCAAAAUAAAUUUUAUGGCGGGAUGGUACCUGUUGAAAUGUAUUGGUAAAAGAAUGCGAGAUAGUAAAGCCGGAGGAUCCAUUGUAUUUAUGACCUCAAUCAUUGGUGCUGAGAGAGGACUAUAUUCAGGAGCUGCUGCUUAUGGUUCAUGUUCGGCUGGAAUUCAGCAGCUGGUUAGGAUAUCUGCAAUGGAGAUGGGGAAGCACCAAAUUAGGGUGAAUGGCAUAUCGCGUGGCUUGCACCUCGAGGAUGAGUAUCCUAUAUCAGUGGGAAGGGAGAGAGCAGAGAAGCUGACCAAGGAAGCAGCGCCUCUAAAUCGCUGGCUUGACGUCAAGAAGGAUCUUGCUUCCACUGUCAUCUAUUUAAUCAGUGAUGAUUCAAGAUACAUGACUGGAACCUCCAUCUUUGUUGAUGGCGCCCAGUCUCUAGUAAGGCCGCGAAUGCGCUCAUACAUGUGAAGUUUCUAUACAUGUAUAUAAUUGAAUUAUAUACAUUAAUGGAGCCAUAGACACUGGAAUUAUAUAUGGUCCAAUGGGACAUUGUAUUGUUGUGCAAAAGCGUACCCAUUGGUGCAAGUACUUUUAAAUGUUAGUCUGUUAAGGUGGAAUUGCUACUGUAGACUUUUGUUCGUGUUUUUAAAAACUUAGCAAAUAUAACUCCAAUCGCAGAUCUCCUUCCUGA